AUGAAAGAGCCCUGUUUCCGAUGCAAACGACCGACUUAUUUCAAUGACAAAAUGGGACCACUGAAAGAUGGAUCAAUGUUCCAUAAAGGAUGUUUCAAAUGCUGGAUUUGUGGAACUAGAUUGUCUCUCAAAACGUAUCACAAUAAUAGAAAUGAUAAUACUGAUCUCGAGGUUUACUGUGCGGGUCACGUACCAACUCCAGGACCACAUGAUCCAAUUCCACAUCGAUCAAAUCUUCUUUUCUCUCCAAAAACAAAGGGAGAAUAUCCACAUAAUUUGAUGAGACCUGCUGGACCAACAUAA